AUGGCUUCAUCAAGUGCUACCAUAGAAGAUUUGGACGCAAGAUGGGGAGAUUUUUCUAUUGCAGAGGAAGAUGGACAUGGGGUAAUCCUUGAGGGCGAUACAGAAACAAUAGAAGAUGAUCUCUUUGAUGCGAGAUGGUGCCUCGUAGGCAAACUGCUGGGAGGAAGAGUUGCCGAUUUUGAUGCUCUUAGAAACGUCCUGGCUUCAUUAUGGCGGCCUGUGAAGGGGAUGUUUGUGAAACAGUUGGAGCCAAACAGGUUUUUAUUUCAAUUUUGCCACGAAAUUGAUAUCAAUAGGGUGUUAGAGGGGUCUCCUUGGACCUUCAAUCGUUCUCCUCUUAUACUGGAAAGGCUGAAAAUGGGGGAUGAUCCUAGAUUGAUUCCUCUGAAUACAAUGGAUAUCUGGGUUCAAGUCUACAAUCUUAAAGCGGGUUUUAUGUCUGACCGAGUUCUCAAAGCAUGUGGAGGCUUUAUCGGUACAUUUAUCUCAUCUUGCCCUAAGAACUAUACUGGUGUUUGGAGGGAAUUCUUGAGGGUGCGGGUCAGAAUCAACAUUGAACAACCACUGAAGAGGAGGAUGAAGAUACAAAACUCAAAGGGAGAGGCGUUAUGGGCAGAGUUCAAAUAUGAGAGGUUACCCACGUUUUGUUUCAUUUGUGGUAUCCUUGGGCAUUCAGAGAAGUUCUGUAUAAAGUUGUUUGAAGCAGAAACAGAGCACUUACCCAAACCAUAUGGCUUGUUCAUGAGAGCUCCUGACCGAAGGCAAGGGAAGCAGAUCGGUGCUCCAUGGCUCCUUGAGAACAUAGCCCGACCAGCCUCAUCGCAUCAGGAUGGGAGUUCGCCGCCGACGAACAUGGAGGCCGACCGUUCUAUGGCUCGGGGUGGACGAGAUUCUCAGGUACAUGCGGCGGGAAUGGAGGGAGUCGGAGUUAAUGCAAUGGCUAGAAAUCUGGGGGAGAGGCGCGGUUUCAGCAGGGAAUCAGAUCUCAUGAAUGGUGCCGUUGCAAUGGGAGGAAAUCGUGGAAUAGCGGUUUCUAUGGGGAAUAAAGGAGGUAGCAAUCAAGCUGGUGCAAUUAUGGGAGAUUCUGACUUAAAUGUUGGCGUUGAUAUGCUGAAUGAACGGGAUGGAGGCUGUCAAAAUAAUGAGGGAUUUUUACUUGUUGACCCUAAGAGAAGAAGGGUUCAAAUGGGCCAAAUGGAGGGGAUGGAUUUGGGCCGUACUAAUGCUAUGGAUCUGGGCCGAGAAGAUGUGGGGGAAGAGGCAACUCGGGCUGGGCUUUUAUCUAAUAAUGAGGGUAUAGGUCCAACUUUAAAUGCUGGUUUGGAUACACAAGAUGCUAAUAGAGGUGAAAACUCUGAAGGUGGCAUUUUUCCAAAAAAUGUGUUGGAGGCGGAAAGAGUGAGUUUUAUUAAGUGGCAAUUGGGAUUUGAGGGUGUUUUUGUGGUAGAUGCGCAUGGUCAUAGCGGAGGUUUAAUUAUGUUUUGGCGGAAAGCGGAAGAGGGUAGGCUUUUGAGCUAUAGUUUCAACCAUAUUGAUAUUGCGUUGAAAUUAGAAAAUCAUCCUGAAUUUCGCUUAACUGGUUUUUAUGGUGAACCGCAACGCAACUUACGCCACAAUACUUGGAGGAAAAUUAAACAGCUAGCAGGAGAUUCAGAGUUGCCUUGGUGUCUUAUUGGUGAUCUCAAUAAUGUGCUAUAUCAAUGGGAAAAAAGAGGUGGUCGCGCUUAUCCCUGUAGUUUAAUUAAUGGCUUCCAGGAGACUCUGAACGAUUGUGGGUUGAGCGAUAUGGAGAUGAUGGGCCAUCCUUUUACUUGGGAAAGAGGGCGAGGUACGCCAAAUUGGAUUGAGGUGAGACUUGAUUGUGCUCUCAUCUCACAUCCUUGGAGGUCAUUAUUUUUUGCAGCUAAACUGGUCAACCUUGAGACUUCUGUUUCUGAUCAUUCUCCCAUUUGGUUGGAUCUUGCUUACCAAGUGCGACAUCCAGUCAUAAGGAGGUUUCGAUUUGAGAAUGCUUGGGCUCGGGAGCCUAUGUGCCGCCAAAUUGUAUCUGAUCAAUGGAGAGCGCUUAGUGCUGAUUCUUUCCAGGAAAAAAUAAAGUGUUGCAGUACUGCUCUCGCGGAAUGGGGGAAGGACAUUACAGGUAAAUUUAAGGAGCGUAUAAGUCAAUGUAAUUGUUUAUUGAAGCAGUUGAAAGGCCAGAGAGAUGAGGAGUCUAUUCGUCGGUACCAGGAGAUUCACAGCUGUCUCUUCGAGGUACUCACACAGAAAGAGAUAUUUUGGCGCCAAAGAUCGAAGCAGUUGUGGUUACAAGCUGGUGACCAAAACACAAAAUUUUUCCAUGCAUGUGCAAGUACCAAGAAAAGAAUUAACCAGAUUUCUUCCCUCAAGGAUGAUCAUGGCACAUGGGUGGAUUGGGAGCAUGGUUUGGGCGAGGUAAUUGUUGAUUAUUUCAGAAGCAUCUUUGCAGCCUCUACUACCUCUUGGGAAAGAGUUACUGAGUGUGUCCCAGAGAGCAUAACAGAGGAAAUAAAUAUGGAGCUACUUCUACCAGUGGAUGACAGCGAAGUCAAGGCAGCCCUGUUUCAAAUGCACCCAGACAAAUCGCCAGGACCAGAUGGGUUCAAUCCUGGGUUUUACCAGAAAUUUUGGGACAUUGUGGGUCCUGAUGUGGUACGUUUGGUUCAACAUUUUUUUAUGUUUGCUGAGUUUCCUGAUCACCUAAAUCAAACCCAUAUUAUUCUUAUCCCUAAGAAGUCUAAACCUGAGUCCAUGAGUGACCUUAGGCCCAUUGCUUUAUGCAAUGUGAUUUAUAAAAUUGCUUCCAAAGUUGUGGCCAACAGAUUGAAAAAGGUACUCCAUAACAUUAUUUCUGAGACCCAAAGUGCUUUUAUUCCUGGUAGGCUCAUAACAGAUAACAUUAUGGCUUCUUUUGAGGUUAUGCAUUAUCUCAAGAGGAAAUCAACAGGAAAGGAUGGAUUCAUGGCUCUCAAACUGGAUAUGAGUAAGGCAUAUGACAGGGUUGAAUGGGGUUUUCUGCAUGCAAUGUUAAAAAAGAUGGGUUUCAGCGACCAUUGGAUAAAGAUUGUGAUGCGGUGUGUGAGCUCUGUUUCCUAUAAGAUUAUCUCGGGGUGCCAUGAACUGGGUCCAAUAAUACCGAGCAGAGGAUUGAGACAAGGUGAUCCCUUAUCCCCUUAUCUCUUUAUUAUUUGUGCAGAAGGAUUCUCAGCCUUAAUCACAGACUAUGUAAGGAGAGGCAAGGUACAGGCGUGUAAAGUGGCUAGGGGGGCUCCUAAGGUCUCUCAUAUGUUCUUCGCAGAUGAUAGUUAUCUAUAUUGCAAAGCUACAGAGAGUGCAGCGAACAAUGUGAUGGAACUUCUUGGCUACUUUCAAUUGGCCUCGGGGCAACAGGUGAAUCUAAGUAAAUCUUCGGUCUUCUUUAGUACCAAUACAAGAGCUGAUGUUAGAAAUAAGAUCUGUGAUAUGCUGAAGGUGAGUGAAGCAGGGGAGUCUUGUACAUACUUGGGACUUCCGAAUAUUUUGGGCAGAAAUAAGAACUCCAUUCUUGGUUUUUUGAAGGAGAAGAUGAGGAAAAAGAUCCAAAGCUGGGAGGGGAAGUUCCUCUCGAAAGCGGGUAAGGAAAUAUUAAUCAAGACAGUGGCUCAAUCCCUACCGAGUUACGCUAUGAAUGUUUUCUUGUUACCAUUGGGGAUGUGUCAGGAAAUGGAACAACUUAUGUGCAGCUACUGGUGGAAGUCUUCCUCAAGAAACAACCAAGGUAUACAUUGGAAGAGUUGGGAGAAGUUGUCAAUUCAUAAGUCUAAAGGCGGGAUGGGCUUUCGAAAUUUACACGAUUUCAACCUGGCCCUGCUUAGUAAACAAGGAUGGCGUCUACUAUGUCAACCUAACACUCUGGUUACCAGGAUUUACACAGCAAGAUAUUUUGGGGGUGGGAAUUUUUUGACUGCAGAAUUAGGAAGUAACCCUAGCUUUAUUUGGCGAAGUAUAUUUGAGUCUAAGGAGAUUGUGAGUGCCGGGGCAAGGAGAAGAAUUGGUAAUGGGUCUCAGACGAUUAUUACUCGUGAUCCUUGGUUACCUUGCGUAGUGAAUCCGAGAAUUAGUACUACCCACCCAACCUUAGCCGAGGAAAAGGUAGAAGCUCUGAUGAUCACUGGGAGAGUUGCCUGGGAUGACGACUUGGUUCGUGAUUUGUUCAAUCAAAGGGAUGCUAAUCUUAUUUUAGGCAUUCCUUUACACUCUAGUCGUCAGGUAGAUGCGUGGUUUUGGGCUUUUGAGUCCUCAGGUCGACAUACUGUGAAGAGCGCAUAUCGAUAUUUGCAGCAGAUCAAGGAUGAUGGGUCUCGGAUCGACAGAUCGAGUUUUUGGAACAAUCUAUGGAAGCUUCGGGUACCCCCAAAAGUUAAAGAUUUGCUGUGGAGAGCAUCUUCUAAUUGUCUGCCCACUAAGGUUCAUCUUCGUCUUAAACAUGUGGAUAUCGACCCUACAUGUCCGGUGUGCCAGGUUAGUAGGGAAUCUAUCAACCAUUGCUUAGUGGAAUGCCCCUUUGCGCGAGCCAGUUGGGCUCGUACAGGCAUCGGUGUGUGCACUAGUGUGGAAGGGACUUUCUCUGCUUGGUUGGAGUCUUUAUUCUACACCUUGGAUGAUGAGCAGAGGAAAAUUGUAGCUAUGACAUGUUGGGCCCUUUGGAGGGUGAGAAAUGAUUGUGUGUGGAACGGAAAAGUUGCUAGGGUGGCAACUGUGACAAAUUUGGCUAAAAACACACUAUAUCAAUGGACUAAAGCUCAAGAUAAAUUUGAGGUGCCAACUGUAGCAUUUUUGACUGAGGAAGAUGGAGCUGCUAUUUGGAGUAGGCCGGCUGCUGGUACUAUCAAGAUUAAUGUUGAUGCAGCGCUGUUUUCUGAAUCAUCAUCAUAUAGUUUUGCUUGUGUGGCUAGGAAUGAUCAGGGACAUACCCUGGAAGCUAUAUCUUGUUGUUGGAACGGGGUGGUGUCUCCUGAAUUAGUAGAAGCUAUGGGGAUGCGUGAGGCCUUAAGCUGGAUAAAGAAGAAAGCUUGGGAUAAGGUGACUAUUGAGACUGAUUGCCUCACGGUUGUUCAGGCCCUUCGUAGUUCAAUUUCUAUGGACUCUUAUUUUGGGAGUCUAAUUACUGAGUGUAAGGGUUUGUGGAAUGAUGUAAAGAAUAUAAAAAUUUUAUUUGUUAAGCGGUCUGCGAACAGUGUUGCUCAUGUUCUUGCUAGAGCUUCCUGUCAUAUUGCUGACUGUACUUUUAGGGGAGGUGAUUUCCCUCCUGCUAUUCUUGAUGUUAUUUUGAAGGACAGUUGCUAA